GAAGAGACGCGGCGUUUGAGUUCAAAUUUUACGAAGAAAAAAAUAAAAAUUUUGGUAUUUCGUAUUAUAAAUUUUUUAUUCAACUGAAAAUAUGUCUUUUAUCAAAGUAAGACGUGUUUAAAAUCAUCGAAAUGUCGAGAGCUGUUUGUUUUCGCUAUAGUAUAAUGCUGUUGUUGUUGCUAUGACGUUAUGUCUAGCCUGACAGUCGUUGCACACACUAAAACAAAACACGCCUGUGGAAAUACAGAAGUGUUAUUAAAGUGUAGAUAACGUUUAGAAUGAUUUUAACAAACCACCUUACACGUUUUAUUUAUUCAUUCUAAAUAUAAUGUUCCUCACUUUUUUUUUUUUUUUUGAUUUUGUGAGCUGUAACGUUAUCACUCACAUGAACUGAAGAUGGAGCAGCUGAAUUUAGGGUCGAUCUCUCAUAGUGUAUCAAUUUACUGCAGGUAACGUUAGACCGAGUCUACAAGCAGCUUUGGAUUAAUAAUGCAGUCUUGCUCUUAUUCAUUAGCUUACCAAUGAGGCAGUGAAAUCCUCAAAAAGGAGACUGUCUUCGAUUUUAAAAGCUGCUCGAACAUCUAUGAAAAUAAAUGGAGAUGAGCAAGAAGAACAAAAGGAGGAAAUUGUCAAGCCUGUUGAGAAGAGGAGAAAUUCACGAAGAUGAUGCAAAGAGUGAAUCUCCUGUUCUGGCAUCCAUUCAAAACAUACAAGUUGGAGGAGAUAGACCAAAUGAAAAGCCCGGAUACUUUGUUGAACACUCCUCUUUAUCUGUCCCAGCAUAAGGAGAAUUUCUUCUCCGAUCCAGUCUUGCAAGAUGACUGUGGAUAGAACAAUGCUGCUCGGAGAGGAUACUGGAUACAUGGAUAUUACUCAGAGUCAAACAAUCACAAUUGAUAAGGAUUAUGAAAUUGAAGAGCAGACAAACCCAGCUUUUAGCGUCAACAUGGCUCAGACGAUCCGUGGUGAUCUGAAUGUCGCAAGUCAGAAGGAUUUUCUACAUGACGCAAAAGCAGAGAGGAAAAAUGCUAACAAUGACUCAGACUUCAGUGCUUUUCUCACCAGUAUGAGCUUACCCACUGUAAAUACCAUUAAGCCCCACUAUACAGAUAAUCAGCUUGGUAAUAUCUUCAUUUCAGUUAAUACAAGCACAUCGGAUAUUGAUAUUGAUAAGGAGAAUCACUUGCCAUCUUUUUUAGUGAAGCAACAUCCAGGUGCCAAGGGUAACCCACAACAACCUCUGGGACUUCAACGAAGGCGUUCUCAUGUUGGAAGUGUUAAAGACGAUGAUAUUGAGGCAGCCAAGAGACACACUGUUGUAACUGAAAACAAAGCUAAUGCUCCGUCUUUUACACCCUCUCUUUCUGUAAAUCAAAAAGGUAUUGCAUUUAUGACAGCUGCCUUUUCAAACAUCCCAGAUGACACGGAGCUCACUUUGAGCCAGACUGCAAUCAAUGUUAAAGUUACAGGAAAUAUCAGUUGCAAAGUCCAGGCUGCUCUGGAGCACAACAGAUCCCAUCAUUUCCCUGAUGAUGAUGAUGCAAUGGAGAUGAUGAGGACAUUUCAUGUAUCUGUUCACGAAAAAGACCACACAACGAGUAUGAAGGAGCAAGCUCAGCCUUCAGUUCCCACAGUAAGAAGGAUGUCUUCCUUUAAUAUGAUUAGUAAUGGAGAGACAACAUAUAAAAAUAAAUCUGAUUAUUUACAGAGCAAUCUCUCAAUAGCCCAGAAUAAUUCUGAUGGUAUGGAAAUGACAGAAACAUUUGAUGUAUCUGUUAGAGAAAAAAAUCACACAACAAGUAUGAAGGAGCCAGCUCACCCUCCAAUUACCAAAUUUAGCAAGAUGUCCACUUGGCAAAGCAACAACUUUAUAGCUUCAACUGCUAGUCCUGACGAUAUGGAGAUGACACAGUGUCAGACUAUUGUUCUCAAGGACAAACAAUCAAGUGGAAACAAGCCAUUCGGCAACACAAGGAAGAGUUUUCCUCUUGUAUCUUUAUCUAGAUCUGUUCUAGAAGAUGAGGAUAGAGGCAAUAUGAAGGAGGAAGCUCUGCAUCCAGUUCUCAGAGUAAGCAAGAUGCCCUGCUUUGAUUUAGUUUGAGAUGGAUUGAUUAUGAAUCACAAAAAAUCGGGCCACCUCCCAGUAGCCCAAACUCCAAAUUCUGAUGAGAUGGAGAUGACACAGUGUCAAACUAUUUUUCUAGAGGCCAAGGAGGUCAAUGGAGACAAACCUUUAAACAACUCAAGGAUCAACUGGCCUCUUACAUCAGUAUAUGGACCUGAAGGCAGUGAUGGGAUGGACAUGACUCAAGCAUUCAAAGGGCAUAUAAUGCUAAAUGCUUUUCCAGCCUCCAAGAAGAAAAAAGGCGAAAUCGUUCUGAUGCCUGCCACAAGUACAUCAGCUCAACAUAAUGAUAGUGACUGUACAGACUUGACACGCCAACCAAGUACAUUUGAUGAGAUUUCUACCCCAAGUCCUGAUGAAAUGGAAUUAACAAGAUGCACCACUAUUAACAUUGACCCAAACCGUACCUGGUUAGGGAGUGCUGUGGAUAUCACAGGUACAAGAAUAGCACCAAUCUCUGCUAAUCAAACAAUCACUGUGGUUGAACCUAUGGAGAUGACUGAGGUAUACAUGGGAACAGUCAGUGACCAAAAGUCUAAAGAUUUUAUGACUCAAAGAAAGUCAGGAGUGAGAAUGAUGCCCUUGAUGUGUGAUCCUGAAAAUACUGAAGCUGAUAACUGUCAGACUGAUUCCUCCAACCCUGAUGACAUGGACAUGACACAAUGUCUGACUGUUGUGCUUGAGGGUGAAAACUGCAAGAGGGCCGAACCAUUCAGUAAAUCCAGGAAGAGUUUGAACCUUGUAUCUACAUCCUCCAGUCCUGAUGUUGAAAGUAUGGAGAUAACCUAGGCACUCUCCGGCAAUAUCAUGUUAAAGAGCUUUGUAUCCAGUGAGGAAAGUAAGCAUGAGAGAAAUCUGUUGCCUGUAGCGCAAAGUUGUCAAACACAGGAUGAGUCUGACUGCAUGGAAAUGACAAGUCAAGCCAGUGCAUCAAAUCUAGCUAUUCCCUGUGUUGAUGAAAUGGAACUAACAGGAUGCAACACAAUAGCAAUCGACUCUAAAAACACAUUGGCAGCAAGUGCUACAGAGAUCAAAGUGCAUGACAGUGCACUUUGGGCAUCAACAUCUCUUUCUAGAAACACAGUGUCAAGUGAAGAACAAAAUUAAGUGAGGGUAUCUACCAAGUGUGCUAUUAACCAUGUCUUCCCCUCAAAACACGUUUUUGAUCUUGAUUUCAAAAACAUUAAAUGCAACAACACAGAGACAAUAUCCUUUGGCCCAGCUGACAUGCAAGUGGACAAAAAUUGUGAAACGGCACAUCAAAGCAAUUUGAUGACGACUGAUGAAGACAGUGAUAUGCAGGUUACUAAGGUGCUUACAAUGCCCAUUGAAACAGAGCAGAGUGUUUCUUUUAAUGAAGAAGAAGCACUGAUAAAGACUUUCUGUGGCUCUAGAAUUGAAGAAGAGGGUCAAGCACUUUGGUCUAAGAAGGACCAAAGUUCCUCCUCAAAUGAAUCUGUAGUUGAUUCCUUCAUUACAGAAGAGCUGCAACAUGCAAAAGUCUAGCUGACUCUCAAAUGGAGCUUCGCAACAUGUCAAGGCGUAUCCAGGAAGAGCAAAAAGUGAUAACAGGAAGCACAACGCUGCCUCUUCCUUCUUUUUCUCUCCCUGAGAAUUCCCUUAAAGAAAACAUUUCCAAUGAGCCAACUUCAAAUGUCACGCCUAAAGUCAAGCAAAUAAACAAUUCUGUUCAAAAUGAGAGGAACACACCUUUUAGUCUUAAAAAGAAGGCGUUCUCAUCAAGGUUGUCAUUGUGUGGUAUCAUACCAAAACUACCAAAACAAACUACAAAUGUAACUCCUAACAAAACUAUAAGUACUAAUGAUUUACAGUGUCUUCAACUAGAGAAACAUUUUGAGGUUGCUGAACAAAAUGGCAACUGCAAAACAGUCGAUAUUAAUAAUGAAGAGUUCCCUGAAAUGAGGAGCGGUGACGACUUGUCAGGGAGUCUUGAAAAUUGGCCAAUUAACAAGCAAGAUGAACUGGAUGGUUCUUUGUCUGUACCUAAAUAUAAAAGGCCUUUGGAGAAUGAUGUCUUUGAGUCAGACACAAGCACGAGUCCUUGUUUUAAAAGGCUGCAUCCAGAGGAAGACCCUAUUACAGCAGAACGAACCAAGAAAGUCUGCAUUUUUGACAUGGGGCUUGACUGUCAUGAAGCUGCCGUACAGUGGGAAGGUAAUUUUACAAGGCAUGCUGCUCCGAAUCCCAGGGCAAAGACAAUUGAAGACACAGGAGUGUCAGAAUCCACUCUCAAAUACUCUCAGUUUGACUCUCAUAUGGAUGGGACGCUGGAUCAUGCAUUUGAUUUUAGCAAGAAACUUGAGGACGGAGAGUUCCUAAGCCACUUUGGUAUCAACUUUGUUAUCCACAGAUCUAGACCAAGUGCUCUUCCUGACAGUUGUAGAGCUGGAGAAACACGCAAUAUGGAGGAUUUGCUCAAAGAGAAGUACAUAUACCACCCCAAGCAGAGAGUAUAUGAGCACGACUGUAAGAAUCUCACAGAGAUAGUAGAGAGACUUAAAGAACAGAUGCCUGAACAAGACAAAUACCUGGGAUGCAUUAAUGGAGCCCUUCCAGAGUUAUGUACUCUCUCUGAAGAGCAAUUAAAAAGCUUUUGCUCCAAGUUGAAAGAGCGAAAAGCUUACUUUGGAAAGAGAAGCAAAGCACUUUCUCAUGAAAUGAAAAGAGACUUGUACUCAGAGCUCAUCAAAACAACACAGGAUGCAAAACAGAGUCUGAUUUCUAAAAUUAAACAGACCUGUGAAACGAUCGAAGACUUGGAUGGAUGCAUUAAUGAUUUCGAAACUGAACUUGCAUCUGUAGAGGCCAUGAUUAAGGGAGAUCAUUUCGAUGUUUCUCAAACCAGACAAGCCUUAAAAGCCAAGGAAGAGGAUUUGCAUAGGCUUAAUUCAGCUGUCACCAAAAAGGAGAGGGAAAUUGGUGAGUUGGAGAUUCAGCUGAGGUCUUUGGAGAACCAACAGAAGAAGUUGCAAGGGGAAUCCAGUAGCCUUAAGAAUCAUCUUACAACCUUGAACAGUUUGAACGAGUGGUGUCUUGAUGCGACAAAUGAAAAGGGGGCUGUGUUUACCUUCCUUCACAAAACUGUGCAUCUGCAGUUGAACCUGCAAACACCUGCCGGAAAAGACUGGAUGACUGAGGAUGCGGAGCGAAAUAUAGAUGUAAGCUUCCAGUUGCACCUGGAUGUGGAAAUAUCUGAAUGUCAUGCAAGCAUUGUCCACAAGUUACUUGCACUAUACUAUCAUUCUCAAACUCAAUGGACACAGAGAUACCCAACAACCCGACAUAUACCAGAGAUGCUUCAUGACAUUAGUUUGGUGGUGGGUCGUCUCAGGCUCUUGGGAGAGGAGAUUCACCGGCUGAAGAAGUGGGGAGGACUGAAGCUUUGCAUCUUGAAGCUCACCUGUACACACACACGAGUUCAUGUCAUCUUCUCAAGUCUGAAAGCACUGGAAAAGUUUGAGUUAAGUCUGAUGGUCACUCCAGACUAUCCCUUUGGGCCCCUUCACAUACAGGACUUCAAAAAACACUUUGGGGAUACAAGGUUGAGUCAAAUUGAAGACAUCAUAUCAUCAGUCAAACCAGCCACGAACUAUUUGACAAAAGUCCUCAAGAAGAUUCAUGAUGACCUGUGUUAGGAUCUCAGGCCUUGUUGUUUAAACUGUUCUUAUCUGUCUUUUGUUCAUGUAUAUAUUGAUGUUUGUAUAAUCAAAUAAAUAAGAAUUACAGAUGUAGCCAAA